CCGCCGCCGCCGCUUCUCUAGCUCCCGAUGGAUUUGGAUCUGUGGAUCUCCAAGGUCAAGGAGGGCCAGCACCUCGCCGAGCACGAGCUCCAGACCCUCUGCGAAUACGUGAAGGAGAUACUCAUCGAGGAGUCCAACGUGCAGCCGGUGAACAGCCCGGUCACCGUGUGCGGCGACAUCCACGGCCAGUUCCACGACCUCAUGAAGCUCUUUGCCACUGGAGGACAUGUGCCCGACACCAACUACAUUUUCAUGGGUGAUUUCGUGGACCGCGGCUUCAACAGUCUGGAGGUCUUCACCAUCCUUUUGCUACUCAAAGCAAGGUAUCCUGCCCACAUAACCCUUCUGCGCGGGAAUCAUGAAAGUAGGCAGCUGACACAGGUAUAUGGUUUCUAUGACGAGUGUCAGAGGAAGUAUGGGAACGCCAAUGCAUGGCGGUAUUGCACCGAUGUUUUCGAUUACCUUACUCUUUCAGCAAUCAUUAAUGGCACGGUCCUCUGUGUUCACGGUGGUCUUUCUCCUGAUGUCCGUACUAUUGACCAGAUACGGACAAUUGACCGGAAUUGUGAAAUUCCCCACGAAGGUCCUUUCUGUGAUCUGAUGUGGAGUGACCCUGAAGAGAUAGAGACAUGGGCUGUUAGUCCGCGUGGAGCCGGUUGGCUUUUCGGAUCACGAGUGACAACAGAGUUCAACCAUGUCAACAAUCUUGAUCUAGUUUGCCGGGCUCACCAGCUGGUCCAGGAAGGCUUGAAGUACAUGUUUCAGGACAAGGGUCUUGUUACUGUGUGGUCUGCACCUAAUUAUUGCUACAGAUGUGGCAAUGUUGCUUCUAUACUAAGCUUCAGUGACAACAUGGAAAGAGAGGUUAAGUUCUUCACGGAGACGGAGGAGAACAACCAGAUGCGAGGACCAAGGACCGCCGUCCCAUAUUUCCUCUGACUUCAGCUGUACAAUAUUAGAAGUCACUGUUUUAAUUCCGUGUAAGAGUUAAAGAUGAAAAGAUCAGGUGUUUAUUGUUGUAGGUGGUUUCAGAUCAUAGUCCAAUCUGAUGUCGUUUUUAUUUCUCUGUUGCUUUAACCACAUGUACAAUAGAUCAUUUGGGAGCAUCAUUGCUCCUGUAUUCCUUCCAUGAUGACACUGUCAAGUUUUGUUUCUUAUAUUAUUUGUGAUUGUGAUGCGUGUGCUA